AUGAAGCACCUCUGGAAGACAUAUUUUCCUCUUUUGAUUCUCCUGUACUCUCUAGGAGCUGUCAGGUCACAGGUCAAUCCAGGUGUGUGUCGGUCUCCACUGGGAAUGGCAGGAGGACAAAUCCCAGAUGAGGAUAUCUCUGCCUCCAGUCAGUGGUCAGACUCAACAGCAGCCAAAUAUGGCAGGUUAGACUGUGAGGAGGGAGAUGGUGCAUGGUGUCCUGAGAUCGCCGUGGAGCCAGACAGCGUCAAGGAGUUUUUGCAGAUCGACUUGCGUUCUCUGCACUUUAUCACGCUGGUGGGCACACAGGGCCGUCACGCUGGCGGCAUCGGGAAUGAGUUUGCCCAGAUGUAUAAGAUCAAAUACAGCCGAGACGGCAGCCGCUGGAUCUCCUGGAGAAACAGGCAGGGGAAACAGGUGAUUGAAGGGAACAGGAACGCAUACGACACUGUUUUGAAGGACCUGGAACCGCCAAUCAUCGCCCGUUUCGUCCGUUUCAUGCCCGUGAUCGACCACUCAAUGAACGUGUGUAUGAGAGUGGAGCUGUACGGUUGUGAGUGGCUCGAUGGCCUGGUGUCGUACAAUGCUCCACUGGGUCAGCAGAUGGUUCUCCACGGGCAGCACAUUCACCUCAAUGACUCUGUGUAUGAUGGAGCUGUAGGUUACAGCAUGACUGAAGGACUGGGCCAGUUGACAGACGGGAUGUGUGGUCUGGAUGAUUUUACCCUCAGUCACGUCUAUAACGUUUGGCCAGGCUAUGAUUAUGUCGGCUGGACCAACGACAGCUUUCCAAACGGCUACGUGGAGAUCAUGUUUGAGUUCGACCGCACUCGCAACUUCACCACCAUGAAGGUCCACUGUAAUAACAUGUUCUCACGGCGGGUGAAGACCUUCCAGAAGGUGACGUGUUAUUUCCGGUCCGAGCUGGACUGGGAGCCCGUGCCCGUGUCCUUCAGCCCUGUGAUGGACGACGGGAAUCCCAGCGCCCGUUUCGUCACCGUCUCACUGCAUAACCACAUGGCCAGUGCCAUUAAAUGCCAGUAUUACUUUGCAGACAUCUGGAUGAUGUUUAGUGAGAUCACCUUCCAGUCAGACACUGCAAUGUACAACACAACUCUGUUCCCCCCAAAGACCGGCACCCCCACCAGUCCUCAGCCAGGGGAUAACCCCACUCACAAAGUAGACGAUAGUAAUACUCGGAUUCUGAUUGGUUGUCUGGUGGCCAUCAUCUUCAUCCUCGUGGCCAUAAUUGUCAUCAUCCUCUGGAGACAGGUGUGGCAGAAGAUGCUAGAGAAGGCAUCCCGGCGCAUGCUGGACGAUGAGCUUACCGCCCGUCUGUCGAUACAGAGCGAAACAUUUACCUACAACAACAACACCACCAAUCCCUCCUCAGUGCCCAGUGACCAGGAAUCCAACUCCACCUAUGAACGCAUCUUCCCCUUGGGCCCUGACUACCAAGAGCCCUCACGCCUCAUCCGAAAACUUCCAGAAUUUUCCCAGACCUCCGAAGAACCCGGUGACACUCCUUCGAAAUCACCUCAGGCUAGCUCGCAGGAGGGCGUCCCACAUUACGCCGAGGCAGACAUAGUCAACCUGCAGGGCGUGACCGGCGGUAACACUUACGCUGUACCCGCUCUUACCAUGGAUCUGCUGUCUGGGAAGGACGUGGCCGUGGAAGAGUUUCCAAGGAAACUGUUGACCUUCAAAGAGAAACUCGGGGAGGGACAGUUUGGAGAGGUGCACCUGUGUGAAGCAGAAGGUAUGCAGGACUUCAUGGACGAAGACUUCUCCUUUGACCUCAGUGAGAACCAGACGGUCCUGGUGGCGGUGAAGAUGCUCCGAGCAGACGCCAACAAGAACGCCAGGAAUGACUUUCUGAAGGAAAUAAAGAUCAUGUCUCGGUUGAAAGAUCCCAAUAUCAUCCGUCUGUUAGCGGUGUGUAUCUGCACCGACCCUCUCUGCAUGAUCACUGAGUAUAUGGAGAACGGAGACCUCAACCAGUUCCUUUCCCGCCACGAACCCGAGGGUCAGAUCGCUCUGCUCAGUAACGCCCCCACUGUCAGCUACUCUAACCUGAUCUACAUGGCCACUCAGAUAGCCUCGGGCAUGAAGUACCUGUCCUCGCUUAACUUUGUGCAUCGAGACCUGGCCACACGCAACUGCCUGGUGGGGAAAAACUACACCAUAAAGAUCGCAGACUUUGGCAUGAGUCGCAACCUGUACAGCGGAGAUUAUUACCGCAUCCAGGGCAGGGCUGUGCUGCCCAUUCGCUGGAUGUCCUGGGAGAGCAUACUGCUGGGUAAAUUCACCACAGCCAGCGACGUGUGGGCUUUCGGUGUGACCCUGUGGGAGACGCUGACCUUCUGUAAGGAGCAGCCCUACUCUCAGCUGUCUGACGAGCAGGUGAUCGAGAACACAGGCGAGUUCUUUAGGGACCAGAGACGACAGAUUUACCUGCCUCAGCCACCCAUGUGUCCAGACUCCAUCUAUAAGCUCAUGUUGAGAUGUUGGCACAGGAACACCAAAGAGCGCCCGUCCUUCCUGGAGAUCCAUCGAACCCUGCUGGAAUGCCAGCCGUAA